AUGGCGGAGGUUCACACAAGGAAUUCGAAGUACAAGAACCUGAUGAUGGUGGAGGUUCACAUGAGGAAGUACAAGAACCUGACGAUGGGUUCACACGAGGAAUUCGAAGUACAAGCACCUGAUGAUGGCAUGGGUUCACAUGUGGAAGUACCAGAAACUGACAAUGGCAGAGGUUCACAUGAGGUGGUACAAGAUGGUAUGCCCAGUAUUACCAAACCAGUUCUCCCUUCAAAUUCGUUGUCAGAGUUACCAAAUGUAAGUUUUUUUUUACAUAUAGGAACAACAUUGAUUUCAUUGAAUCUCUGCAUCAUUCUGAAACAUGCAUUAUAUAGUAAGAAAUUAAACUUUUUAUGAAAAAGUAAAAUAGAAAAGAAAUAGUGUCUUUAAUUUCUAAUACUUGCAGUCUUUAAUUUCUAAUGCUUGCAUGUUCCUAGAAGGGGAGAGAUACGUACAGAACUAGCCUAGAUAUACAUGUCAUAAAACCCAAAGACUUGGAUACAUUAGACGAUGGAAGGUGGCUAAAUGAUGAGGUAUUUUUAUAUUUUAAAAUGAAGUUUAAUAAAUUCAUCAAUUAAGCGUAUCUACUUCAUAUCUCCACCUUUUCGCAUGAGGCAUGUGUUUUAGUUCUUCGUGCAUGUUUAUGUACUAUUUAAAACAUGAGAAGGAGUAUUUUAUCAUAUUUAAAAUGCAAGUCGCAGCCGAGAGUUUUAGAUAUGAUAAAAUGCGAGAAAUGGACUUUUCUUUUCAACUAGGAGAAGCGGCAAAUAUUGAUGUGUCCACUUUCGAGUCCAAACCAAAUUGGAACAAUAUUCGCAACAAAAAAGAUAUUCGAAUCGCAUCGUCAAGUGAGAAACAACUUUGCCAACGGUAAGAUAAAUGGUGCCUUCAUACAUAUAGCCACCUACAUUUAUACCAAGACGAACAACUUGCAUCCACUUGCGUGUCACUGACCUUAUUUCUGAUGAUUUGUUGUGCUUGCCACCUAAAACGAAGCUUUCACUAAUUGCACAUAAACAUGAUGUACUUAAGAAUAAACUAACUUCCUACUUUUUUUGUUGUAUGAGCAAUGUUUAGUUGGCAGCAAGGUGCAUCGAAAAUUGCAAAAUAGUAUUUUCCUGAAACUCAUGCCAUCUAUGUUUUUUUUUGUUAAGUUUGUACAUGGUUGAGGUAGUGGGAAAGAAUAGAAGAAAAGUUCCUGUGAUUCUGACCAUCAACGUUAAGAAUGCGAAAAUUGUCCUUAACAAUACGAGAAAAGAGGCCAAGGUUUCCCAAUAUAACGAGCAUGUGUUCGCAGUGAAUGAUGGGAAAUCGGUAAACCCUCUUAGAUGUCAUGACGCCCUGAAGAAUGCAUGCAAAAAUGUGAAGCUUGAGCGACCCGACCUGAUGAGGUCAACCAACCUGCGGAAAUAUGUUGCAACUGUCGGCCAGCUCGUUGACAUAAACGAGUCUGAAAUGGGGUGGUUGGCGAACCAUCUAGGUCACAAUAUCCAUGUCCACAAGGAAUAUUACAGGUUGCCUCAAUCAACCCUGGAGAGGACUGUUGUUGGCAACUUAUUAAUGGCUGUGGUUGAACGGAGAGCCCAUCAGUUUAAAGGAAAGAAUCCUAGAGAGAUUACUCUGGCAGGUAUGUCCAUUGACAGCCACAGUGAAAUAAUUACGUUCUGCUCUAAAGUGAAAAUAUAUACUGAAUCGCUCAAAAAGGCGUAGAUUUAUUUUCUCUUUCAUCAGUAAAACUGCAAUAUUUCGGAUGUCAAGAAGCUGUGUUUACAUAAGCCAAAAAUUUUCAUGGAAGUUGAGUCAAAGUUAAAAUAAAAAUUAUCUACGAAAAAAAUACAGAGCACAUUAAAUUUCUAAUGUUUAUUAAAGCAAGAUCCUUAAUGUUCCAUAGCAUGCAAAAAGAAGAAAUAUUUGAAAGAAAUCAAGCAAAAUCUUUAGAAUAUAGUAAACUUAUUGGUCUUUAUUAGAUUUCGAAGAUGGAAUGGGAAGAACAGGUGAUAUGCAACAGUACG